UUUGAGAAAAUAUUUAAUAAGAAAAUACUAUUUUGAGAACUUUCUCAUAGUUUAUGAUGGGUGUAAUCCACACAAGCCAUGACCCGGGUCAGGCCCAGCAAAAACCACCCAAGAAAGGUUCAGGUACUAUGCAGCAGGGUUGUUUGGGUGGAUCUGUACCUUGUUCGGAUGGAUUUCAGCCAAGACCACCCGGUCAAGUUCCAGUACGAUCUGUUCGGUCUCGCACUAAGCAUGACUCAUUUCAUGAAAGACCCGGUCAACCUGCACGCCAUUCAAGGUUUUGGCCAGGUGAUUGCCAUGUGCCAGCAAGCUGGAGGAAUGCCUUUCCUCCCGGGUAUGUUCCCAUUUGCGAUACCAGGUUCACGGACUGUUGAUGUCCUUGAGCCAUCAGCGGACAGUUUCGAUACAGGUGGUGAAGUCGCAUGUUGUGCCCUAACGCGCUACCACAAACUUACAAAUGCCCAAACAAGAAACUCAAAGCGAUAUAUUUUUGAAAAAAACAAAGUGGGGAAAGCUCAUCAUCCAUUAAUGGCGGACUGCGAGACGGAGGUCGUGCAGGCCCUAAGCACCGUCAUCCAGCUCCACUUCGAGAAGACCCUCGAGAAGAAACGGGCAGUGGAUCUGCAGAAGAAGGAGCUGUGGAAAAUGUUCCAGCUCUUCUUCAUAUUCCUGGCCCUGGUUGUCCUGGACCAGGCCCAAUCCUCCAGGCUGCAGUGCCGCCACUGUUGGGUGCCCAUUGGGCUUCUCUCGAUGGGCCACCUCAUCUUCUACGUGUCCGUGGCCCAGACCCUGAGGUGCAUCAACGGGUUCAAGUAUCAGAGGAAGUGCCACAAACUGACCCUAGGGUUGGCCACCGACCGGCUGCGGCGGCUGAAGACCCGAAUCAGCAGCGGCGGCGCUACGGCGACUGCGGCGGAGGAAUCGGAGAUUCUUUACCAGGAACCGCCGGAGAGUUACUUGGGUAAGCUGAAGAGGAAUUGGGCAUUGCAUUUUGGGUUCUUGAUAUUGAUCUAUGCUUUCAUGGUCUCUUCCUCUGUUGUUCUUCUUUGCUUCUAGCCAUUUUCUCUGUUUUUUUCCUUAACCUCUUAACUUCUGGUUGGUUAGUUUUUUCUUCUCUGGCAAAUCUAUGGUGCAAUAUCUUUUAGGAUGGUCUCUGAAAAUUAUUUAUGUGAAUGAAUGUGGUACAACUCACAUCCAAAUUCUAUAAUCCACCUUUACACAAUAUUUUUUAAAAGUGGAAUUUUCUUACAUAGAAUUAAAUCAUAGACUUUCUC